GCCGCGGCGCGGACGCCUCGGCAGCCACGGCGGCUGGACCGCGGCUGGCACCGGCUCGGCCCGCCCCCUCUUCCGUGCCCCCCCUCCCGCUCUAACGCCUGCUCGGCCGCUGUCAGCUGCAUCAGCGUCCUACCGAGCCACGGUGCAUGCUUCGCCGCUGCGGCCACCGGCUGCUGCACGUCCUAGGCCUUAGCUUCCCGCUGCUGACCGGCCGGCCGCUUUUCCUCUGCCCGCACCGCCUCAUGAGGCCGCAGGUCGUGUUCGUCCUCGGCGGUCCCGGCGCCGGCAAGGGGACCCAGUGCGCCCGCAUCGUCGAGAAAUAUGGCUACACACACCUUUCUGCAGGAGAACUUCUUCGUGAUGAAAGGAAGAACCCAGAUUCACAGUAUGGUGAACUCAUUGAAAAGUACAUUAAAGAUGGAAAGAUUGUGCCAGUUGAGAUAACCAUCAGUUUGUUGAGGAGGGAAAUGGAUCAGACAAUGGCGGCCAAUGCUCAGAAGAAUAAAUUCUUGAUUGAUGGGUUUCCAAGAAAUCAAGACAACCUUCAAGGUUGGAACAAGACCAUGGAUGGGAAGGCUGAUGUAUCUUUCGUUUUGUUUUUUGACUGUAAUAAUGAGAUCUGUAUUGAACGAUGUCUUGAGAGGGGAAAGAGUAGUGGUAGAAGUGAUGACAACAGAGAGAGCUUGGAAAAGAGAAUUCAAACCUAUCUUCAGUCAACAAAGCCAAUUAUUGACUUAUAUGAAGAAAUGGGGAAAGUUAAGAAAAUAGAUGCUUCUAAAUCUGUUGAUGAAGUUUUUGAUGAAGUUGUGAAGAUUUUUGACAAAGAAGGCUAACUCUAAACCUGAAAGCAUCCUUGAAAUCAUGCUUGAAUAUUGCUUUGAUAGCUGCUAUCACAACCCCUUUUUAAGGCAAUUUUAAUCUUUCAUAAUUACAUCUCAGUUAAUGGCUGGAAAGUAUGUAGUAAGACAAAUUAAAUUUUUUAUCUUCAUUUUUUUUUUUUUUUUUUUGGUCACAGGAAUAGACUGAAUUCGAGUCUAACUUCAUCUUAGCUAUGGUGCUCACAAAACAAAGAAGGGUGUUAGCUAGUUCUUUAUUUUUAUUCAAAAAGAAUAUCCCUUUUAUAGUUUGUGCCUUCUGUGAGCGAAACUUUUUAGUAUGUGUGUAUAUCCCUUUAGUAAUUACAACAUGUUUGGAUUAGGGAUUCCCCACGUCUUCUUUCUCUUGCAGGUUUUAAAUUUCCAACCUGUUAAGUGAAUUUAUGGACCAAAUUCUAAGGAACUUUUUGUGUAGUGAGUUCUUGGACAAUGUGUUUGGUAAACUCAUGAAAUGAAUUCCUAGAAGUAUUUUAGUAUUUAUCAAAUAGCUGACCAUUUCCUAUAGAAAGGUAAGAAAACUUAAGCUUUGUUUUACUACAAUUUGUACAAAGUUGUUUGCAGGGCAUAGUCUUUGCUUCCAGGGGCUGGGAUGGGGGCACUGGGGGUUCAGAGCCUGGUGGAAUUGUCAGCUUUAUUCUGACAUAAAUCUGAGGGUAAGGGGCAAGGAUCACAUCUUAAUGACAUGUGUUCCUUUUGCUCUAUUAUAUAAUGUUAUUAAUGAUUAAACUGAUCUUAACAAAAUUCCUAGUAGUGGAACCUUGAAAUGCAUGUACUUAGUAGAUUUAUGGUAAAAUGAUUUGGUUAGUGUUUUAGUAAGACUUCAAAGUUUUUUUUGUUUGUUUUCUAGACUAAGCAUAGGGUUAGUACAAAGCAGAAGAAAUCUAAUGGUUAAAUUUCCCAUUUGUAUUUUAUUUUCUUGAAUACUUUUUUUCGUAGUUGUUUAAGAAGAUUUAAAAAUUGCACUUUGGUCAGA